UUUUUAUUUGUUUAUUAUACAAAACAAACAGUUUGAUCGACCCUGGUUUUGAUUCGAUGCUCCGUUCAGUACUAUAUGUCGAUGACAUAUUUUUAAUUUAAACUGAUGAAAAACGUAAAAAAUGGGAAAACAUGAAGUAGGUACACCAAAAUAUAUAGCUAAUAAGAUCAAGGCAAAAGGAUUACAAAAGUUGAGAUGGUACUGUCAAAUGUGUCAAAAACAAUGUCGGGACGAGAAUGGAUUUAAAUGUCACACAAUGUCAGAGUCGCAUCAUCGGCAACUAUUAUUGUUUGCUGAGAACGCACAUCGGUAUAUGGAUCAAUUCUCACGAGAAUUUUCACAAGGAUAUCUGAAUUUGUUAAAGAGACAAUUUGGCACUAGAAGAGUACCAGCAAAUCGAGUGUACCAAGAAUAUAUUUCUGAUAGAGGACACAUACAUAUGAAUGCAACUCAGUGGCUCACCUUGACUGCAUUUGUAAAAUGGCUUGGACGUACUGGACAAUGUGUUGUCGAUGAAACUGAAAAAGGUUGGUAUGUAACAUAUAUUGAUAGAGAUCCUGAGACACUUGCUGCACAGGAGAGAAAAGUAAAAAAGGAGAAAAUGGACAAAGAUGAUGAAGAGCGACUAAUGGAGUUUAUUGACAAACAAAUAGAAAAAGCAAAACAGGAUUCAAAAGAAGAGGAGGGCGAAACGUCUAAGAUACCAUUGAUGCGUCCCGAAAAUGAUACACCUUUAGUUCUUGAUAUAAAAUUAAAACCAAAACCAAAAUUACUUCCUAUAAUCGAUAUAAAGCGAGAAAAGAUAAAAAAUGAAGAUAGCCAAAGCAAACCAGUUUUGAGCAAAUCAGUCAACGAAAAGGAUGAAAAAUCCAAAAGGUCUAACGAUGACAGUGAGACAGGAUCUGUCAAGAAGUUAAAAGGUGACGACGAUCAUUCUGUAUCUGAAGGUUGGCUUAGAGAAGGUUUAAUGGUCAAAGUAAUUACGAAAAGUCUGGGUGAUAAAUAUUAUAAAGCCAAAGGUAUUAUUCAGUCAGUUGAAACAGAUGGUUUUGUUGGUAAAGUAAAACUGAAGACACCAGAAGAAGUUAAUGGACAUGUUAUAAAAUUGGAUCAAGAAUAUUUAGAGACAGUAAUUCCCGCGAUAGGUAAAGAAGUCUUAAUUCUUUGGGGAAAAUAUAAAGGCAUAAAAGCGAUAGUGAAGAAAUUGCAUAUAGAGUAUUAUAGUAUAGAUAUUGAACUUGAAAAAGACAAAAAAAUUUUGAAGAAACUUCCAUAUGAACAAGUAUGCAAGUAUAUUGAUUGAGAAGUAAUUGUAUAGAAGAAGACUGGGAAAAAUAAAAUAUAUUUUAAUAUUGUAA